AAAAUUAAUGCAAAAAAUCGUAUUUUCUGUAAAUUAAAAAUUGUAUUAUUUUGUAACAAUUCUAGACUGCCAUUCUGACUUUUAAAUUACCAUUAUUCGAACGGUGUCAAUAUUACCGACUUGAAGGAGAACAAAUAUUUAUUUGCCACAAUCACCGCAGAAAGUCAAAAGGUAUAAUUCAAAAUUCCAAAUAGCAAGUCAUAUCUGAUUUUCAAAAUAGUCAGUGGAAUAGUUAAAAAAAAUUAAAAAUGGCGAUCUCUAUAAAUGUUAUCAGAAUCGCAAUGUAGAAGAAAACUAUAGUAUACAAAUAGAUUUUAAAUGUUUUCAGAAUUCAUUUAUAAAUGUUUUUUAUUGCAUUAGUUAUUUUGCAAAGUGUAUUUUGCAAUUACGUUUAAAUAAUUCAUAGAUAGAAUAAGUAAUUAAAAGUACUCAUGGACCAAAAACGAAGAUAAAAUGAAAGCACACGAUUUGUGGUACAUUUUGUUCUCUCGAAAUGACAAAUGGAUAAAUAUGAGAAAACUAAAGUUUAAUUAUUAACGUUUUAUCUAAUUUAAAUCAUGUUUUUGAGCUGGGGAACUUUUGGUCGUCUUUUACGUCGUAGAUUAGUCCUCGGUUUGAUUUUCGGACUUUCAUUGACGUACUGUGCAAUAUCAUUAUUAACUCAACAUCGAAUGAAUACUUUUAAGCCUUCAUUUGAAGAUGAGAUAGACGACAACAUGCUAGUUGACAAUGAAGAUAUAGCACUUGAUGAUAUUGAAGACGAUGGAAAAACUUUUCAAUACACAGCUCUUGUAGUUCCUGAUGAAAGAAGUGAUUCAACUAACAUCCAAACAUUUACAAGCUCUAACGAUAUAAAUAUUAAUAUUAAAAAUUGUCGUAAUUCUGUACAGGGUAAGGCAUUGAUUGUAGAUGAACUAGGAUUUGUUUGUACACGUCAAGAUGUCUUAUCUACAGGCUGUUGUAAAAAUCAACGUGAAAAUGUUUCUACACAUGAUGAAAAUAUUCUCAAACUAGAAAGAUAUAGCUGUGAAACAUGUAAUCCUCAAGGUUGUUGUGCAAUUUAUGAGUAUUGUGUUUCAUGCUGUCUUCAUCCAACAAAAAGACUAUUUAAAAAGGAUCAUUUGGGUCUACCAGGGAGAUCUGACAUUCAGAAAAUUCGAAAACUUGAAGACAUUAUAAAAUUACGUCUUCGAAAUCUUGAUCGAUUUCAAUUUUGUCUAGCAGUUUGCCGAACAUCUAGUGCUAGUGUGAGACAUGAAAAUACUUACAAAAAUCCAGAUUCCAAGCAUUGUUAUAUAACUCUAUCCGGUGGUACUCUAUAUCAAAAUAAUAAUGGCGAUAAAAGCGUCGUUACAUCUUUUUAUACAGCUUAUUUAUUUAUCCUUCAUAAGUUAUCCAAUUCUUUUUCAGCAUUGACUAUGAUUUUCCUUGCGCUCCAAAUUUCUUUUAACAAAAGAUUCCAAAAUAAUUCCUUUUUUAUCAAACAGUGCUUCAUACUUAUGAUCCAAAAUUGUGCCUAUGUAUAAGACCAUAUAAGGCUGAAAAUUUAAACGUAAAUAUCUUAAAAUAGUCCAAUGAAUAAAGCUUUAAAUUGAUUAUUUUAGAAAGGAUAGCUGAAAUCACCGCGAAAAAUUACUUAAGCACCAAGACAAUAAUUGGCUAAAAAAUG